UAUCAACCCCACGUCGAUGAUAACGGUUGUUUUGAAAGCCGAUUGACUGAAGCAACGUCGUGGAGCACUUCAGCCGAAUAUUUACUCAAGAAGUGGUUCUGAAUUUCUCUUCGUUCACUUCUAAGUUUGUUAAGUUCCCAUACAUCUUAAUUAACAAUGCCGGCUUCACCAAGUUCUGCCUCAGUGGGUGCAGCAGGGAGGUCUCCGUUGAAAUCGGGUGCCGGACCCCGCACAGCUGGAGCUGCUGUCAGACAAAGGAAGUCUACCAUGACUACAACAGCUGCCAGGAGUAGAAAUACAGGAAACGGUGGCAUGUGGAGGUAUUACACUGACGAUUCUCCUGGUGUCAAAGUUGGUCCAGUUCCUGUCCUUGUUAUGUCUCUCCUCUUUAUAGCCUCAGUGUUCAUGCUCCACAUCUGGGGAAAAUACAACCGGUCUUGAAAAAUUUUCACUUCAACUCAAAGCAUUUUUGAUUCUGCUAUUCCUCACCUGCCUCAAAUCUAUUUCCCUCUCAUCGAAGUGACAAGUGGCAGGGAUCAUUUGUAUGUAUUUCAACAUUCUUUUUUAAGUUAUUUUUAAGGGAAUUAUUGUAAAUUAUGAUUAUGUCUAUGUAUGUUAUGUUAAUUUAAAGUAAAAUUUUUAUUAUCUUCCAA